UUUUUCACAAGGAGAGAUUAUUGAUGUCGAUAAAAUGGAUUCUCCUUUGCAAACUAUGGGGAUGAACCUUUCAGAAGAGGAAAUUAAUGAUCUGACACGUGAUCUACCAGCCGACGUUCAUGGGAAGGUUGAAAUGAGAACGCAUAUGGAUGGAAUGAAACCUUUUACAGGAAAAAAGGUUCAUGUCAGUGAUCUGGAGAAAGUUCUGGGAAGCAUGGGGAUCGAGCUCACAGCUGAGGAGCUUAAAAAGCUGCAGGAAACUCUGCCAAUUGAUGCUGCUGGAAACGUAUUUCAGAAUGCAAUGUUGGAUGGGGUGAAAUCCACUCAGGCAGGCAGAGUUAAGGUGAAUAACCUGGACACUGUCCUGGAAAACUUGGGAAUCAAGCUCACACAAAAGGAACACGAAGAUGUGACAGAAAAUCUACCACUUACCGCUAAUGGGAAGGUUGAGCUCAGCACAUUGAUGGAUGCAGUGGCCACUGUUACAGGAGGAGAAGUUAAUGUCAGUGAUAUUCAAAGUAUUCUGGAGAAAAUGGGGGUAGAGCUCACAGAUAAGGAGUGCUCAAAACUAAAGAAAUGUCUGCCAGUCAGUGCUGUUGGAAAGGUGUACCAAAAUAGGUUGAUGGAUGGUGUAAAAACCCUUAAAGGAGGGAUUGUUGAUGUUGCUAACCUAGACAUUGCUUUGCAAAACAUGGGAAUGAAUCUCACAGGAAUGGAAAAUAGCGAUUUGAUAAAGAACCUACCUGUUGAUGAUAAUGGGAAGGUUGAAGUGAAAAAGUUAAUGGAUGCAUUGAAAAUGUUUUCUGGAAAAAAGAUUGAUGCCAACGAUCUGCUAAAGGUCCUGGGAGCCAUGGGGGUCGAGCUCCCUGAAAAGGAACUAGUGAGGCUGAGACAGACCGUGCCUAUCGACGCUGCUGGAAAGGUGUAUAAGAACAGAUUGUUGGAUGGUGUGAAGUCUGUAAAAGGAGGAAUGGUUAAAGCCAAUAACCUAGACAAUGUUCUGGAAAAUCUGGGAAUUGAACUCACAGAAAAGGAACGUGAAGCUCUGGCAGAAAAUCUGCCACUUAGUGCUAAUGGGAAGACUGAGCUCAAAAAAUUGAUGGAAGCAGUGGAAACUAUUACAGGGGGAGAGGUUGAUGUCAGUGAUGUAGGAGAUGUUCUGGAAAACAUGGGAGUAACUGUCACAGAUAAGGAAUGUGUAGAGCUCGUAAAAAACCUGCCAGUUAAUGCUAAAGGAAAAGUCUACAAGAAUAGGUUACUGGAUGGUUUGAAGUCUCUUAAUGGAGGGGUUGUUAAUGCCAAUAAACUUGAUUCAGUUUUGAAAACCAUGGGAUGGAAACUCACAGAAGAUGAAAUUAAGGAUCUCAAAUGCAACCUGCCCACUGAUGUAUAUGGGAGAACUACAAUGAAAAAGUUGUGUAGUGGAUUAAAAGCUUUUACAGGAAAAAAUAUUAAUGUGCAACAUCUAUCAGAUUUUGUGAGGAACAUGGGUAUUGAGCUAACAGAUAAAGAACAAAAGAGGCUGCUAAAGAAGCUUCCAGUUGAUGCUUCUGGGAAGAUCUAUCAAAAUAGAUUGUUGGAUGGUCUGAAGUCUUUCAAAGGAGGGAAGGUUGAAAGAAGUAAAGUCAAUACUGUUCUAGAAAACAUGGGAAUCGUGCUCACAGGAGAGGAGCUUCAAAGUCUAACAGAUAACCUACCAGUUAACGAUAAUGGGAAGGUUGAUCUUGAUAAAUUGAUGGAUGGAGUGAAAACUCUUACAGCUAAUGGAAAAGUUGAUCUGAAUAAAGUGAUGGAUGGCGUGAAAGCUGUCACAGGAGAAAAUGGUGAUGUCAAUAGCGUUAAAGCUGUUCUGGGAAACAUGGGGAUCGAGCUCAAAGGUAAAGAAUGCUUGGAGCUGGUGAAAACUCUUCCUUUUAAGGAUGAUGACAAGAUCUUUCAAAACAGGUUGCUAGAAGUUGUGAUGUCUCUAAAAGAUGGGAAAGUCAAUGUCAACGACUUGAACGCAAUACUGGAUAAUAUGGGAAUAAAGCUCUCAGAUAAGGAACUUGAGGGUCUGACUCAAAAUCUCCCUGGUGAUGUUGAUAGGAGGACUUCUCCUAAAACACCGAUGAAGGAACUGCAAACUUUUACAGAUGAGAAGGUCGAUUCUAAUGACCUGAAAAUUUUCCUGGGAAGCCUGGGGAUUGAGCUCACAGAUCAGGAAAAAGAGAAGCUACUGAAAACACUGCCAAUUGACGCAGCUGGAAAGGUAUAUCACAACAGGUUGCUAAAGGGUGUGAAAUCUCUCAAUGGGGGAAAGGUUCAUGUAAAUAACCUGGACAACACCCUUAAAAAAUUGGGACUUGAGCUCACGGAAGAGGAACUUGCAAAGCUGUCAAAAUAUCUACAAGUUGAUGCUAAUGGAAUGGUUGGUCUGAAAGAGGUGAUGGAUGGAGUAAAAGCUACUACAGGAGAGGAGGUUGAUGUCAAAGAUGUGAAAGCUAUUCUGAAAAACAUGGGAAUAGAGUUCACAGAUAAGGAACGUUUGAAGCUGCUGAAAAAUCUGCCUUUCAACGAUUAUAACAAGGUCUUUAAGAACAGGUUGCUAGAUGGUGUGAAGUCCCUUAAAGGUGGGAAGGUCAAUAUGAACAACCUGGGCUCUGUUCUGAACAACCUGGGGAUAAAGCUUGCAGAUACGGAACUUAAAGAUCUGGCUGAAAACAUGCGUGUUGGUGUUGAUGAGAAAAUUCCUCUAGAAACACUGAUGGAAAAUAUCACAGAUUUUACAGGUGAGAAGAUUGAAUCUAGUGAGCUAAAAAAUGUUCUGGGAAAUCUCGGAAUUGAGCUCACAGAUAAGGAACUAGAGAAGCUGCUGAAAAUACUGCCAAUUGAUGCCAAUGGAAAGUUAUAUCGUAAUAGACUACUGAAGGCUAUGACAUCUCUCAAAAAUGGGAAGAUUAAAAAGAAUUACCUCCAUACUAGUUUGGGAAAUAUGGGAAUGGGGCUCACAGAUGAGGAACUUGCUGGAUUGUCAGGAGACCUACAAGUUGAUGCAAACGGGAAUGUGGAUCUGCAUGACGUGAUGGAAGGAAUGAAAGCUAUUACAGGGAAAGUUGACAUCAAAAACCUGGAAACCGUUCUAGGUGACAUGGGAAUCAAGCUCACAGACCAGGAACUUGAAGAUCUGAAAGAAAACCUGCCAGUCAGUGUUGAUAAUACAGUUGCUCUGAAAACUUUGAAGGAUGAAGUGAAAGCUUUUACAGGAGAAAAGGUUGAUUCCAGGGACCUACAAAAUACUCUAAAAGACAUGGGGAUUGAGCUUACAGACAAGGAGGCCAAGCAACUGAGGAAAACACUGCCCCUUGAUGCCCACGGAAAGGUGUUUCAAAGCAGGUUGCUGAAGGAUGUGAAGUAUAAUAAAAGUGAGUAAGAAGCACA